AUGGCUUUGAACAAAGGCCCCGACCUGGCUCUGAUCCAGACCGAGCGCCUGGGCUUCCUUGCCCUGGCCGGCGAGGCCAGGGUCCGUUUGACCUCGCCUUGGUCUCCUGCACCCUCCCCGAACGCCUCCCUCAUCAGCAUUGCAUCUCGGAAAGGCCUGGUUGCUGCUGCUGGCCCCGACGCCAUCUCCGUUGCCACGACCGACUCGGUACGAAAGGCCUUCGAGGCUCAGAAGGAUGGCGACAGCGACGUUCGCCCCUUUGCGCCCCAGGCCAAGAUCCCUCUCCCGACGCGCAUAUCCCACCUCGCCUUCACCGCCGACGAGGACCACUUGAUCAUGGCCGCUGAAGUCGGCGGUGGCUUGGCCGUCUAUGACGUUCAGGCCCUGCUUGGAGGCUCUACGCAGACGUCCUUCCAGAUACCCACCAAUGGCGAGGGGCUUCGGGCCCUGGUGCCCAACCCGCAAGCCGCCAAGGGCGAGCUGUGCGCCGUUGUCACGGACAAAGGCAAUCUACUCAUGGCCAGCAUGAAGGAGAAGAAUUUCGUCUCCGGGCCCAAUGGGCAGACCUUGAAGACCCAAGCCAGCUGCGUAGCGUGGAGUAACAAGGGUAAACAAAUCAUCGUCGGUCUCGGAGACGGCACGAUACAGCAAAUGACACCCGAGGGCGAUGUCAAGGCACAGUUCCCUUACCCUCCGGACCUGGAACCCAAUCAUUUUGUCUCCUUCCUGGCUUGGCUGGAGAACGACGUGUUGCUGUCGGUCCAUGUUUCCACAGCGCAAGACCCGCCGCAAUCCGUGUACCAUUUAAUCACACGUCAAGGCCAGGACCUCGCCUUCCAGAGACUGACUGACCCCGUCGAUCCUUUCGGAAGUGACAAGGUCCCCCAUCACACAGUAGCACGGUUGAAGGACUUCCCUCCGAACCUGCAGGAUCUGCUGAUCUUCUCCUCGACUGCUACUCCAGAUAUCGGUCUCCUCACUCGAUCCAAGACUGCAUUGUCGGAUGACAACAUCACCAACACGUUUGCAACAACCGAGUUACUGGACGAUUCCAAACGGGCAACGCUGCCAAUGGGCGACAACAUGGACACCCCUCUUCCGAUUGGCACGGCGUUGGACCUAUCAGCCAAGGAGCCUGUCUACAAGCCCAUACCAUCCGACGAGAUGGAGCAGUCUCCCGGUCCUCUACCCGCCUAUUGGGUUCUGAACUACGAAGGUGUCUUGUCCGCCUGGUGGAUUAUAUAUACGGAGUCGAUCCGAGGUGGCACAACGUACCCCGGUAUAGCAGCUGCACAGGCGAGUGCAAGCGCAGCAUCAGGUGCGCCAUCUACUCAGCCGCCUCAGACACCACAGGCAAACCCGUUUGGUGCCCCGAGUGGCCCGUCCUUCGGAGCCCUAAGUGCAGGCACUGGGUCUGCUUUUGGCAGCAUGUCGGCAUUGGGUGCAAAGCCGUCCGUCUGGGGAGCUCAGCCUGCAUCCAAUGCAAGCCCAGGAGGUGCCGCUUUCGGUUCUAGUACCUUUGGCAGCGGAACUGCCUCCAUCGCCCCGAAAUUCGGGCAGCCAUCCUUCGGAACCCCUUCCUUCGGCCAAGCAGGCGGUGGAGCUGCUUUUGGGCAGGCGUCUGGCCUCGGGGCAAAAUCCUCCCCUUGGGCGACCGGUGCAUCUACUACGAGUUCACCAUCUUUCGGGCAGUCAGGAUUUGCAACUGCCGCGAAGGAGACCACUGGUGUGUUCGGCAGCUCAUCCGCAGCUAAUGCCUCUGGGGGAUUUGCUAGUUUCGCCAACAAAGGUGGUUUUGCCUCUUUGGGCGCUGACAACAGCAGCAGUGGUUCCAACAUAUUCGCUUCCAGCAAGCCGGCUGCGGACGUUUCCAUGGACAAUGGUACGAAUACAUCAUUCCCACCAGCAACAUCGAAGCCAGCUGCGAGCUCUGGGGGUGUCUUCGGGGCAACCCCAUUCAAGCUUCAAUCCAGCUUCAAACCUGACCCCAAUGCCAAAGAAGAAAGUGUUACCCCCGACGAACCAAAAGACGGCAGUUCGUUCUUCGGCAGCGGCUUCGGCUCGACGUUGGGUGAAGCCUCAAAACCCGCAGGUUCCGGCUUGUUUGGCAAUCAAAUGUCCAGCAGUACCCAGUCGACAACCCCGACUUCUACGCCGGCGCCCUCGAAAUUCUUCUCUCAAGCCGCUGCUCCGCCACAGAGUGGUGGGCUUUUCGGCGGUCCAUCAAAGAGCUCGAGCGGCUUGUUUGGAAGCGCAAGUGGAACUUCAGGAUCUACUCCACAGGUAAAGGUUGAGGCUGAAAGCCCCAAACCAUUGAACGAUAUUCCGGAUAUCCCUCUGCCGCCGGAUACUACUAGUAAGGCUCCUUAUCCACUUGGAGACUCCUCAUCCUCAUCAGCAUAUUCUGCAGCAGAUUCUCCGGCCACUCGCGCAAGCCCUACCGACGCCCCGUUGCCACCUGACUUUCCUUCGUCGAAUUCCAAAGACGACGAUCUGCUUUCCGAGCCGGAAUCGCCCGUUGAUGAUGCACCCUUACCUCCGGAUCCAUUGUCCAACGAACAGCUUUACGAUAUCAAGUACGACGCCUUACCUGGACAGGCCAAACCCAAGGCCGCACCUCCUGAUGAUGCACCUCUACCUCCCGAUCCCACCACAAACAAGAAGGUGGACAAUGUGAAACUCCCCCCGAUUCCUGGCACCGGAAAACCAGUCGAAAAAUCUCCUUCCAUUUUUGGCGGCGCAAAAGCCAGCACUACUAGUAGCCUCUUUGGCUCCGCUAAACCAGCAGAGACGUCAGGGUCGCUCUUCGGCUCAGCCAAGCCGUCGCAGGCAUCAACAUCCAGCUGGGGCGCUGGCCAAAAGUCGACUGGUAAGACGGCUUCGAUUUUUGACGCUGCGGCAAAGCCAGUCAAGUCAGGUUUCCUGUUCCCAACUGACCUCCCGCCCGUCUCCUCUAGCGACGAGGACGGAGAAGGUGAGGACGAGGUGGAUGAAGACGAGGAGCAAGAUGAGGAUGGAGAAGGCGAUGAGUAUGAAGAGGGUGAAGGUGAUGACGAGGAGGAAGAUGAUGAAAGCGACCAAGCUAGCGAGGGAAGUGGCAUUGAUGUUGCAAAGGACUUGAGUCCGCCGUCAGGCACAAAGGACAAAACAACUCCGUCCAUCACACCUGGAAGUUCUUUUGGUGGCCUGGGCGGAAGCUUCUCGACGAUAUCAAAGCCCGAGCCAGAACGCAGGAGUCUGUUCGGUGAGAUGGGUCAAAGUAUACCUCCUCUACCGCAACCCAACCCAGUCAGCCCACGGUCGCCCAGCCCUGUCCGUGGUGCGAUACCUUCCCGGUUGAUCAGUGAUCAAAAGCGCUCGUUCAGCGCCCCCGGCAUGGCAUCUCAGAUCCUUGGCGCGUCCAGACGACCACAGAGCCGCGGCGCUCCGAUCGUUAGCAAGGAAGCGCUCGUAGAUCCAAGACUGGAACAGCAACGCAGAGCCAGGGCUAGGAAGGAAGCUGAAGAAACCCAGUUGCUCGUGGAUGAGGAAGAUGAUCUGAGACAAGCGCAACUGAGCGCCCCAGUCGAGCCGACGCUUCAGCUUGACGAAUUUAUUGCCCAUGUUGGCCCACUACCUCUGGCCGAUGACAAUAUCCCUGCGCAGGUCGAAGCCGUCUAUCGCGAUAUCAACGCCAUGAUCGACACCCUCGGUCUGAAUGCUCGCUCAUUGACAAGUUUCAUCAAAGGCCACGCAGAAGCUUUGCGCCGCGAUCAUCGCAGGGAAGCAGACGAACUGGCCAACGCCGAUGAUUGGACUCUUGGCGAGCUGGAGGAUCUCUACGACAUCAUCUCGGAGGAUCUGGUUGUGCAGCUUUCGGACGCCCGGGUCGUCAACGUGCAAGAAAAGAUUGCCGAAUGUAUAGAUCUUCAGCGCGACUUAGCACGGGACCGGAACAAGCGCAACGAUCUGCAGAAGAUGAUCAACGCAAAGAUAGACCCCGAUCAAGCGCUGGCCAACCGCGCUCUUCCGCUCACAGCGGAGCAAGCGGCGCGACAGAAUGACCUCCGUCGAGAUUUUGCUCGGUUCACCAAGCUGCUCGCGGAGGCGGAAGAGGCUCUGACGCUGCUCAAGGCCAAGAUUGCAUCCGCCAACGCAGCCAACGGCAAGACCAGCUCAACGCCGACCGUUGAGGCCAUCAUGCGGACGAUAGCCAAGAUGACGAGCAUGGCCGAGAAGCGUAGCGGCGACAUCGACGUGCUCGAGAACCAGAUGCGCAAGCUCCGCUUCGCCUCGCCGGGGCCCCUACUCGGCGCCAGCACCCGGAGCCGCGAGGGCACCCCGACGCCCAAGAAGCUCCUCGGGUCGUCCAUGCUCUUCUCGCCCGACCGGUCCAUCCGCGAGAGCACGCCGACGCGCAACAGCGUCAUGCGGCACUCGGUCUCGGCUUCGGUCAGCAGCAUCGGCAACGGCAUGUUCGGCCGGACGCCGCCGCGCAAGAAGAUGAGCGGCUUCGGCGACGCCGAGAAGAAGGCCGUCAAGGAGCGGAAGGACAGGCGGGCCGUCGUCCUGGGCAAGCUCAGGACCAGCGUGCAGAAGAAAGGGGCCAGCGUCUGGGCCGUGGACGAUAUGGAGUAG